AUAACAGGAGGUAAAGGAAGAAGAGGUUUCGCCUGCCAGACUCUGAUCCUACAAGCCAGGGUUGCUGCCAAGUUUCCAGAUGGCCUCCUCUUCCUCCUGCAACAUGGAAGAUGAUGAAAGCCUGAAGGGCUGUGAGCUCUACGUUCAGAAGCACAACAUCCAACAGAUUCUUAAAGAAUGCAUUGUCAACCUCUGCAUAGCCAAGCCUGAGCGUCCCAUGAAGUUCUUACGAGAACAUUUUGAGAAACUGGAAAAGGAAGAAGGCAAACAGAUCCAGGCUUGGCAGAAAUCGGGUUCUCAGGCAGACUCUCACGAUGACGAGAUUUCUCCUCCACCUCCAAAUCCAGUGGUCAAAGUCCGGCGUCGGCGAGGGGGAGUCAGCGCCGAGGUGUACACCGAAGAAGAUGCCGUUUCUUAUGUCAGAAAGGUGAUCCCAAAGGACUAUAAAACCAUGACUGCCCUGGCAAAGGCCAUUUCCAAGAACGUUUUGUUCGCCCACCUUGAUGAUAACGAGAGAAGUGACAUCUUCGAUGCCAUGUUCCCUGUCACUCACAUUGCUGGGGAGACAGUCAUACAGCAGGGUGACGAAGGAGACAAUUUUUAUGUGAUCGAUCAAGGAGAAGUGGAUGUAUAUGUAAAUGGUGAUUUGGUGACCAACAUCAGCGAAGGAGGGAGCUUUGGGGAGCUGGCGCUCAUCUAUGGGACACCGAGGGCCGCCACCGUCAAAGCUAAGACAGACCUGAAGCUUUGGGGCAUCGACCGGGACAGCUACAGACGCAUUUUAAUGGGCAGCACAUUAAGAAAACGGAAGAUGUAUGAAGAAUUCCUCAGCAAGGUCUCCAUUCUGGAAUCGCUGGACAAAUGGGAACGACUGACGGUUGCCGAUGCCCUAGAGCCUGUCCAGUUUGAAGACGGAGAAAAAAUUGUGGUGCAGGGAGAACCAGGGGAUGACUUUUUCAUCAUCACGGAGGGUACAGCAUCUGUCCUUCAGCGCAGGUCUGCUAAUGAGGAGUAUGUGGAAGUGGGGCGGCUCGGGCCAUCAGAUUACUUCGGAGAGAUAGCCCUUUUGCUCAACCGGCCCCGGGCAGCCACCGUGGUGGCCCGCGGACCCCUGAAGUGUGUCAAGCUGGACCGGCCUCGCUUUGAACGAGUACUUGGCCCAUGUUCGGAAAUCCUCAAGAGGAACAUCCAGAGAUACAACAGUUUCAUUUCCCUCACUGUUUAAGUUCUUUCUGUCCGGGGUUUACUGCCUUCACGUUAAAACUCGUGCACUUGAAAAGAACAAGUUGACCCAUGCCGUUCUAUAGCUUUACGAAGAAAACAGGAUGUGUUAACAUUUUAUGUCUUUUAUUUUGUUUCAAAUGUUGCUGGAUGUCCAAUUUUUGUGUAUCAUUAAAGAGGGCGGAAAAUGGAUCUGGAAGCACGCGGCUUUGGGGAGCCAUUGGGUUAGUUUAAAUUGCGUUCCAGAUGGUCGCCAUCACCAGGACCUCAAAAUGCGAUACAUUAAAAAACAAAUAAGUAAAGGCCAUAUGGGUAUCUAUUUCAGCAUUGAGUUGAACAAGGUCUGCUAAAAAGCCAGCAAC